GAGAAUACCCCAUUGAGGUUGUUGGUAAUCCUAUCUGGGCUUGGGCUUGAUAACAUGGUCGAACAUGUCUUGAACGUUUCAUGGGUCAGAGUGAUUAGUGAAGAUAUGCUAUUAAUACGAGCUGCCAUCACCCUCGCCAUUGAAUCUCUCUUGUAUCUCCAUCAUUUUUCUGUUUCCAGCUAUAUUUCUUUUGUUGCAAUGGACAUCGCUGCGAGUGUUUACAGGGAAGCAAACGUCGAUGUACCACCACGGCCCGACAUAUAUAUCGAUGAGGAAGCCGAAUUGAAGAACCAGAAACCUUGCCCUUUCACUAAACCACGCCUGCUAGAAUGUGUUGCUGAAGGUGUAGAAGACGAAUCCUCCCUGCAGCCUGCAUCCGCGGAAGAAUCUCUCAGACGAAAGAAGCAUGAAUCAUACGACCUUUCUGGUAGUGUUUUUUUAGUUACCCAGAACGGCAAAACUCUCAAUCUUCCAGUCGCGUCCGACAGUGAACACGAUCCUCUCAAUUGGAGUCGAUGGAAAUUCGCUGGUGCAUUUCUGGCCUUAGUGUGGUUUAGUUCUUUCUCCGCAACAAGCACUCAGGCCGCCGCCUUGAUGAUGCCGGGCAUUGCGCGGGAUCUCGGUCAAGUGAAAAAUGGACCAUGGACCAUGGAGACGCUUGUCACUGCACCCACUCUCUUCAUGGGUAUCGGGGCUUUCUUCUGGGUACCGUUGAGCUUAGCUCUGGGCCGACGCCCUGCUUUUCUUCUGGCCACAUCCAUGAACUUUGCUGCCACCCUCGCCGCUGCUUAUUCCGGAACAUUCAAUGAACUUCUUGGCUGCAUCUGUUUGAUGGGCUUCAGUGAAGGAUUCGGGCUUUCAGUGACAACCCUUAUGGUCAUCGACAUGACCUACAUCCAUCAACGCAUGCACGCGAUCGCAUGCUUAUGGGCAUUGAACGGGUUCUUCGCACCUGGCUUCUCAGCAGUCGUUCCAUCGUUAUCGGGGCACGGCCUGGACUGGCGGGCCUUCUACCGUACAUGGUCACUUCUGGCAGGCAUUGCUGUUGUUCUAGCAUAUCUUCUUGGUCGAGAGUCUUACUUCAAGCGACCUACGGUAGCCUUUAACGGCCUCAUCCUGCUUCAAACGGCUACUGAGAAGCUCACUGUUCAUGAAGAUCAAGACAAAGACUCUGAACUUUACCGCGAUCUCCCAGAGUUCCCCUUCGACAAUCCAGACAAACAAACCAUCCUUCAACGCAUUGGUCUGGCACGCUCGGUAUUUGCUUCCUUCAAAUCUUCAGGAAGAUGUGUCCUUCAGAUAAUGUUCUGCAUUGCCAACCCUUUACUCUUCUGGGUUUUCAUCGCUGCUUCAUUCAAUUUUGCCGGAAUGAUGUUCAUUGGUGCCACCUUCCCUCGCAUCCUCAGCGCACCCCCUUAUCUCCUAUCCCCCUACAUCAUCACCAAUGUGAACCUUGCAUCAGCUUGCGGCUCCUUUCUCAGCUACGUCUUUGGCGGGUGUGUCACCGCCAACUGUCUCAAGCGUCUCGCAAAGCGCAACAACGGUGUGCGCGAAGCCGAGCACUAUCUAAUAUGCUUCAUUCCCGCCGUCAUCACCGGCGGCCUCAGCACACUCAUCUACGGUCUAGCUGUAAAUCACACAUGGAACAUCGCCGCAUACUACCUCGCAUAUGGCCUCAACGGCUUCUCCUGGAUCUCUAUAUCAGUGGGCAUCAUAUUGUGGGUCACGGAAGCGUUCCCCCGGUGGGCCGCUCCCGCUAUUGCUGCCGUCAACGGAGGAUGCUAUCUCUUGAGCUUCUCAAUGAGCUUCGCCCUCGUGCCUUGGAUUGAAAGGUAUGGAUACCUGACGGUCGGGAUCCACCUGAUGGUUUUGCAACUCGUUGGAGGGCUUAUCGCUGUGCCAAUUGCUUUCUGGGGCAAGAAUGCACGGCAAGUCAUUCACGGCCGAUGGGCUAAUGAGAGAAGUGGCGCACUGAGGCCGUUGUAAUCUCUCUUCAGCUUUGAUUCCACAGUCUCGUACGGCGACCUCGUUCAUUUCUUUUCCUUUGUUUUCUUCUAUUUCUCCUUCUAGCGUUCAGGCGUUUGAGCAUGGUUGUACCUUCCUUGUUCUCAAUAUGAAAAUGGCGCUAUUUAUUUUUCAAGAUUUUCAGCGAAGCGGUUGCGGGAUUAUUGGGCACGAUCAGCAGUGUGUAUGAGAUAAAGUAUUUUUGGUGUUCACGCGGACUGUCAUUAUUACCUUUCUAUGUUGGAUUACGGCAUUCGACAGUUUUUUUUAGUUUAAUUUUCUAUUUAAUGGAUUCUACUUCUCAAUCACGCCCUGUUCACGUGUCAAGAUCACGUGUCAAGAUCACGCGUUUCUACAACCACAAGAACUAGAGAAUAGGAUGUCACCGAGUUAUUUUCUCGGGACUCUUGUAACAAUAUCUUCCUAUGCCACCUAUGAGAUGAAGCU